CGGUGGCGCAAAGGGAUAUAUACCCGAGAAAAUCAAUUUCUCGUCGCCGAGGGUGUCCCUGAUCGUCGACUACUGGCUGCGAGUGAGCGCGCCAAGGAGGGUGUUCACGAGAUAAAAGGUUUCCUUGUUUAACAAAAUAGCGUCGCCGAGCCAUUAGCCCGACCGCUCGAGACACUUCAGCCGGAUUCUCCUACGCUCUCUAUAAGUAUCUCGCAGCUCUUGAGAGAACCGCGCGCGAUCCGCAGAACCACCGCACGAUGGAUUAUAUACGUUCCCGGCCUUUUUCCCACCGUUUCUCACAGUGCGGCACUCGGAACUUUUCCCCGUCACAAGAUUGCAUGUUUCUCAAUAGGCACUUUUGCGAUUUUCCGCAAAAUCUGCAAGACUUACGCGGUCGAAACGGCAUUUCUGUUUUUAAUUUUAAAACUCGAUGUUGCAAGAUACUUUUCUCGUAUUUUAGUGAGUACUGUUUUCAUACAUUAGCUGGCCAAACGAAAAAAGUCGAUUUUUUGUGCACUCGCAUACAGCGGCUCUAUUCUCUGCUUUUCGAGCACAUUCUUCAAUUUCGCCAACGGGACAUCUACAGGCAAGCAAAUGAGAAAACGGCUUUCAAAGAAAGUUUAUGAUUGCACUUUAAAGCCUGAAUUACUGCAAAACAAAACAAUGCCAUUCAAUUUUCGUUAAGAGAAGCUUCCAGCCUGUAAAACAGUAUAUUGCGUACCAAGAGAAUAAAGUGAGCUUUUUUAGACCGAGAGUGGAGCCCAUAUUUUUUGUAACACAAGUAUGGAUUUCCGAGUUUUUUUACUUAUUAUUGACUGUGAGACUGAUAUAACUUUUUUCAGAUGCGGCAACAAUAUUGAAACAAGUUACUUUAAUCCCGCUUAUAAUAGGCCAAAAAACGCGAAAUUCCUGUUUGUGCUACAAAAAUAAUAUAAGUAUAUAUUGUUAUGUCAGGCGCAAAAUCUGAGAACCGGAUUUCUGUAUUUAUCUACUUAUGCGUAUCCUGUCAUUUUGAAGAAAAUUUUACAAAUUUUGGAAAGGGCCUCUGUCUUCAAAAACUCAACAUAAAAUACCUUGUGCUAAUUUCGUUUUUUACCCAAUAAUUUUUCAUCGAGCAUAUUGUAAAGCUUGUCGUCGCAUUUGCAUCGCACUGAAGCUGUAUUCUUCACAUAAGUACAGCGCUUUUAGAAUGAAAAGUUUUUUUUUUCGGUUUUAUCAAUACGCUGCUUGUGGAUAUCUUGAACUUAAGUAUUAGCGGUGAAAUUAUGAAAUUAGCAAGGAAUGCGAUUGUCAUUCAAUAUCAAAGCGAGUUAUCGUAAAAACAAAAGGCUAUCCAUGAUGGAUAGUUGAAUAGAGUGGUGGACAUAGUUUUUAUAUACAAAUAUAAUCAUACAUCAGGUAUUGAUUAGAUUAGAGAAGCUCCGAUAAAAAAAUUGAUUGACCGCUCGUACAGCGGAGGUAAAAAAGUCAAGCUUAGCAACAAAUUGAUAGUGCUCUGCCGCGAGAGCAGGCGUCAGCGGGCGACCCCGAGUUGACUUUUGCGCCUCUGACCUCACCCUCUGACUUGGCUCCCGAUCUAUAUACCUGGGCUCCGGCCCAGUCUGUAUACCUAUAGACGUAGGUUUAUAGGAUCUCCGUCGAGUGGCCUGAGAGCUGCACGACUGUGUGCGCGACGUAUACCAAUGGCACGAGCCAGCUCGAGUCGCGCGGCUCCGCCCAGCGACCAAUUGGCGAGCCAGCCUCGGCACCGGGGACGGCCUCGGCUCUCUCGAGCCCGAGCCAACCCCUGCUCGACGCGAGCAACCCUUGCCUCGUGCCUGUGCGCAAAGGUUAAAAAUCUCGCCCCGUGCACGGGAACCGCGAGCUUGACCGACCGAACGCCGCACUUGUUUUGCUCGUUUCGCGGGGCCUGGACGUGUGCGACCGAUCAAGUGCUUAAUUUUUCAGCUUUCAGCGAGCCCGGACUGUUCGCUUGCUCCGCAGCCUUGGCGUCUUUCUAGUCUUCGAGCUCUUUGGAUCUAUACAUCAUAUCGGUGCUGCUUCUUUGUUCGUCUUGCGCUUUCGAAUAUGUCUGGAAUCAAGCUCAGAAUACUGUACGAUCUUUGGGCCGUCGAAAAAUAGAGCUGUUACGAGCGGAGGAUCUGGCGCUCUCAAAGUUGUUCAAAACGUCGAUAUAGUCGCAGGUAGCCAGGAAUAAAUAAUGGAGGACAGCGGUCGAGGAGAGGCCUUGUGUAAAGUAUGCGGCGACAAGGCUUCCGGAAAGCACUACGGGGUGCCGAGUUGCGACGGUUGCCGCGGAUUUUUUAAACGCUCGAUCCGCAGGUACGCGAGAAACCUGGAUUACGUCUGCAAGGAGAACAGCCAGUGCGUCGUGGACGUGUCGCGUCGGAAUCAGUGCCAAGCUUGCCGGUUCAGAAAGUGCUUGCAGGUCAACAUGAAGCGAGACGCGGUGCAGCACGAGCGAGCGCCCCGCAGCGCGACAACCUCGAUGGCGGCGAUGACGACGAUGACGACGAUGGCGACGAUGGCGGCGGCCUCGAGGAAGCCGCCCGCGGCGACGGCUCUCUACCCGCCGGCCUCGCAGCACAUCUACCAGAGCACGACGGCCGCCGGAGGGCCCUAUCACCCGCUGCUCUACCCGACGUUCUUCUCCUUCAAGCCCGCCGUGCCUGCCUUCCCGCCGGCCGUUGACACGCGCGACUUACUCCGCCUGACAACAGCUGGGCACUUCAUGCCCCGACCCGCGCCCGAGCCCCUGGAGCCCCUGUCGACUUCGGCCGGGAAGGAAGACGAGGUGACGAGUUCCGAAGAGGCUGCCGCCGCCAACGAUCGGCUGCAGUACAAAAAGGAGGAGCACGUGUCGACUCGGCUGCUGACGCCCCUGAUUUGCGCCUCGGUAUCCGACGGCCAGGCGGCAAACUUCUCCCUUCUGCCCGCGGAGAACGUUUACGAGUUCGCGGCGAAGCUCCUGUUCCUCGCAGUCAAGUGGCCCAGGAGUAUUUCUUCCUUUUUACAGCUCUCCUACAGAGACCAGGCCAUACUCCUCGAGGAAUCCUGGUGCGAGCUUUUCGUCCUGACAGCGGCGCAAUGGAACUUUCCGGUCGAGGAGUCGCAACUGAUACCGGCCCACCUGUCGCCGGACAGGAAGCAAAUCCUCAGCGACGAGGCGAGGCGUCUGCGCGAGCUGCUGGCCAGGUGCGCCAUCUUGAGAAUCGACCACUCGGAAUACGCCUGCCUCAAAGCCAUCGUUCUUUUCAAAGGCGGUGAGUGCUUAAGCUGACUGAUUAUUCCUUCCUUUUGAGACACUAGGAACAGUAGUCGUUGCAGCCAUAAACGACCUCUUCGUUUUUGGGACGGUACGGGCCUGGACAGCUUGCUUGGGGACAGCACAACGGCCCGAGCCUGUACCACUUGUCGUUCUGAAAGCCAAUUCGGAUA